CGUCGGCGGCGGCAACUCGGGGGACGGUACUACUAUAUCACGUCGCGACGUCUGGCUCGGCCCGUCAGAUCGGCUCUGCCCUUCAACGCGAGUGGAGGUCCUCCUGUCUUGUCUUAGCUGAAACUGGCGACACCACAGAAAUAAAUUCAAUUGGACAACGAGGAGUUAUAAAAAAAAGAAGAAAAAAACAGUUGGACAAAGCAGUGCUUCGAAAAUGUGCUUGAAGAAGCCAAACGUUUUUAUGAAAGAAGGAAAAAGCUAGUAUAGUUGUAGUGAAAUUCUAGUAAGCGAAAAAAAACUUGUUUUUAAUAGUGCGUGCUUUGGACCUUCGUCAUUAAUUCGAAGUACCAAAAAUCGUAAAAAUUCGUCGAAAAACCGGGCGCCAUCUUGGACUCUGCAUCUGCGACAUGAGGAAAACUUACGGCUCCAAGACACAGCCUUCCAGUCAGAUGUAUUCAGCGCUGCUGGCGACGGUUCUGGCACUGAGCCUAGUGGCCCAGGGGAGGUCGGAGACGGGCCCCCCCGGCGGGGGCUACUAUUACGGCCCUGCGGUACCACACUUCAACAACCACUACGUGAAGAACGCGGCUGCCGUGAGAGAUCCCUCCCUCCAGAAGAUCUACGAGCUGAUUUACCCUUAUUAUCAGAGGCCUAAGUACCGAUACCCGUUCUAUGACCACGAGGGCAACGGCGAACUCCUGUACGGCUACGGCGGCAGAAAGCUCUACAGAUACACCGUCUUCAAGCCCGUCGAGGGCUACCUCCGGAGAUAGUAGCCCGGCCAGCGCGGAUUGAGUGGAAUUCGAGAUGCCAUGGUUUCAUUACUAGUCAUAAGAUCCCUCACGCCACGAAGAGAGAGGAGCUACCAUCGACUAACGGCCAUAUACACACAACUUUCUCUCUCUCUCUCUCUCUCUCUCUCUCUCUCUCUCUCGCACACACCUGUGACGUCACCUAUCCCUCGCAUCUGCUCGUCGUAUGACGUCAGAGUCCAUUAGCUGUGGUCCCAUAUUAAAAAGGCAGAUCACGUUAUCGAUAACUCAGAACCGCCCAUCGAAAGUAAUCUGGAGCUUUGGAAAUAGUAUUUAUUUAGUGAAAGCACGGCUUGAAAAUUCGAUGUUACACCUAGGCUGGAAACUCUCAGUCUCUCGAGAGUUCACAUGGGCAGGAUCUAUGUUCCACCCUUCCUGAGGGAUGCGUCUUUCAAAAAUAUCCCUCAGAAGAUGUGGAACGUACAUCCUGCCUAUGUGAACUCAAGUAAAACUGAGAGUUUCCAGCCCCGUGAUUGGCUUUUUCAACAGCCAGUCAGGAGCGUCGUAAGGGACUGGCAUAAGACAUCAAAUGCACGGCUGAUGUGAAUCUACUAUAGUUCUAAACAUGAAGGAAGCUCAAUAGGACGCCGUGUUUAGUAUGCUAGCCACUCGAUAUAGAGCCAUUUCUAUAUUGUGUGGUCGACAAAUUAUAUUAUUGAACAAUAUCUUUCACCAAUGGGCUAGUACUACACACGGCGUCCCACUGAGCUUCCGCCAUGUGUAGUACUAGCUCCUCGGAGGUGACGCGUAGAUAACAGGCAAAAGUUACAAUGACAAUUCUGUAUGAUGGUUAGGCCUAGUGGUGUUUUCGUUUUUAAAUUAACAGCGGUUGCAUUACUCUCCAAGAUAUUUUCCCGGCAAAAAGAAUGUAAGUUUGAUAAGGUAUCUCAGUCGUAUAAUGAAUUAUGAUGAUCAUUAGGCCCCGCCCUUUAUUUUUUAUUUUUGUUUUGUUUUGUUUUUUCCUCAAAAUCUGUCAAGACAAGACAGGUAUAGUAUUCUUGAAAUGGACACUGAACAUAGCAUUGGUCUAAAAUCUACAACAAUUUUGGCUAAUUCUAAUUUUUGACCAAAUAGAAACUGGCUGAUAUUUUCACAAAUCUUAUUCAGAAUGACUACUGGUUAAUGAUAGGAUUUUGAGGAUUCAAGCAUAAAUUAUCUUCUGAGCUUUGUUUGUUUAAACACUGAGUAAGUUUUGUUAAAAAUUCCACGACACGGAAGACCCUUGUAUGUCACAUGUAACAAAUAUAAAAAAAAAUUACUUUUCAAUUCAUUUUUCAUAUUCGUAUUCUGAACCUGAAUGUGUCAGUGCCAUCAAUAAUUUCUAUAUUAAGUUAACGAGUCAGCAUUUGAAUAAGUGGUGAAAUCCCAUUACUGGAAAGACGAAACCAGGUGUACACAAACCACUACGUUAUAGUCUAAUAUUCUGUGUCAUAAACCCAUUGCAUUACUUAUAAUCUAAACACGUAUGUAUAAUAAAUCAUAUGAAACUUUG